GACCAAAGCCCGGCCCCCUUUCCCUAAUAGAUCAAUAAAUCAUCCUUAGGUAGGCUCCCCCGCACAUAGUGUAGCGCAGUGUAGUUUCUCAGGGAAUUCCGGUGAGGCUCUUACACCCCCCCUUUCGUUUGCGACCCCGAAGGAGUAGAAAAAAAGCGUGACAUGAAAUGACGACCGGUUUGCUUGCCCCAGAUGGCCCGACUACUACUCGUUCGACUUUAAACUUCCACAUGUAUUGCCAUCCAUACCUAACCAGUAGUCAACUUCGACUCGGCCUCGUCUCCGAUAAGAAAAAAGUAGACUUAUUAUUACCACGAAUAUGACGAAGCAAUGGGAUAUGUACGAGGCCACCAUAAAGAGCCUUUACGCUGAGAACACGCUCUCUGUGGUGCGCCAGAUCAUGAUCGAUCAAUAUGGGUUCAAAGCCUCUGUUAGAGCGUAUAGAGGCCGUCUGAUCCGCUGGGGUGUCCGCAAGUAUAACUGUCGAAGACGUGCCUCAUCGGAUUCCGGCGGCAGUGCCAAUGACGGCAGUUUCACGAGCGGUUCAGAAUCUACGUCGACUUCUAUGAUGACCAACAACGUGGCAACAACAUUUCCCCAGAGCUCCAGCGGCCAUCUAGCUAUGCCACGCCAGUUAUUUCAACAGCCUAUGUACAACCCAGUUGAUGACCAUCAAGCACGGAUGUAUCACCCCCUGAAGUCCUACGACACCAAACCUAAGCCCAUUCUUUCGCAACCGCAGACACAAGUUAGCGGCGGAAAUGACAGCAACAAUAACAUGAGCUAUACAUGGGACACCGCACCACAACCACCUCCACCUCAUUCCAAGAGACCCAGUGAUUCUUCCCAUUCCACGUCACAAGAUUUCGACAACCUCACUCCCCAUAACAACCACCACAAUCACGGCCACAAUAGCGGCAACAGCAGUAGUGCGGAGGUCAUGGCACCGCCGACGUACUUCGGCGGGUACGGGACGCCGGUACCGGUGCCUAACAUGGCGGCGAUGGGCCAUACUAACCACCACCACCACCAUAACCCCAUGAGUCACAUGGAACAUAGCGGUAACAACGAUAAUGACAACGGAAACAACGGCGGAAACAACAACAGCAACAACAAUAACCCAUACGCCUCGAUGUCGAACGCGGAGUACUACGACACUGGGAUAUCGGGAGCGGCUUGGGAAACUACUACAACGGGCCGACAUACCACGACGCGUCGGUGAGCCAGGUGCUCGACGGACCGGGGGUUUACUGAGGAGGGGGGUGUGGGCGUGAAAGGGUAUUCACCUACCGACCUACCUACCUACAACGCUACUAUUUCCAAGCGUCUAGGAGAUGGAGUGCGAAUGAAAAGAGAAGGGGUUUUAUUUAUUCAGUUCGAAGGCUUGGUUAAAUCGUUAUACAAAACGGGGAUAAAAAAUAUUUAUCUAUCUAUCUUGGUACGGAAGGUAUGGAUCCCCUAGGACACAGGGGCUGGGUAUUUCGGGGCGGUAUAAUAAUACUCGGUUCGUAUAAAAGGGGGGUUGGCUGUCGUAUCUGCGUGUUUCUGUUUCCGUUG